AUGGAGAAGUACGAAAAAAUCGAGAAAGUCGGAGAAGGAACCUACGGCAAAGUGUACAAAGCGAAAGACACCUCCACCGGGCAAAUCGUGGCCCUAAAAAAAACCCGUUUCGAAAUGGACGAAGAAGGCGUCCAUCCCACCGCCCUCCGCGAAGUCUCCCUCCUCCAAAUGCUCUCUCAAUCUCUCUACAUCGUCCGCCUCCUCAACGUCGAACACGUCGAUAAAAUCCCCAAAUCCGGCACCAAUUCCACUCCUAAGUCCAUCCUCUACCUCGUCUUCGAGUAUCUCGACACCGAUCUGAAGAAAUUCAUCGAUACUUUUCGUAAAGGAGCCAACCCUAGGCCGUUGCCGACUUCGCUUGUUCAGAGUUUUCUGUUUCAGCUUUGUAAGGGGGUGACUCAUUGUCAUAGUCAUGGUGUGCUGCACCGGGAUUUGAAGCCGCAGAAUCUUCUUCUCGAUCAGCAGAAAGGGAUUUUGAAGAUUGCUGACUUUGGUCUUGGGAGGACUUUUGCUGUUCCGCUUAUGAGUUAUACGCAUGAGAUUGUUACUCUUUGGUAUAGAGCUCCUGAGGUUUUGCUUGGAUCUACUACUUACUCUACUGGAGUUGAUAUCUGGUCUGUUGGAUGUAUCUUUGCUGAAAUGGUGAGGAAGCAGGCUUUGUUUCCAGGGGAUUCUGAAUAUCAGCAGCUUCUUAGCAUAUUCAAGCUUUUGGGGACUCCAACAGAGCAGCAAUGGCCAGGAGUUAGCUCUCUGCGUGAUUGGCAUGUCUACCCAAAGUGGGAGCCUCAAAAUUUGACAAGAGCUGUGCCCUCUUUGGCACCUGAAGGAGUGGACCUUCUCUCGAAAAUGCUCAAGUAUAAUCCCAGUGAGAGAAUAUCUGCCAAAGCAGCACUUGAUCAUCCCUACUUUGACAGCCUUGACAAGUCUCUGUAUUAA